AUGGGCGUCGGUCGAUUCUUUUGCGUCGGCUUGCCGCUCGUUUUAACAAUCGCUUCUAUCGUUGCCCUUCUUAUUGCCACACUCUCCGGCGUCGCCCACAAUCAAUUAUGGAUGUUCCGUGUCGACGUCAAGGAUAUGAGCAUAAGCCCGGCCGACUUGGGCAAUAUUGCCGGUAAACUCGGUAUCAACCCUCGAGCCGACAAGACUGGCAACAUCACCGCUGCCGAUCUUGGCCUUGCCAACGUUUACGAAGUCGACCUCUGGGGAUACUGCUACACUGAUAACGACAACAAGCGACAGUGCACAAAGGCCAAGUUUGACUGGGCCAACAGUGCCCUCAACACCAGCUAUAUCGAGCAGCUGGGCAAGGCCACUGGUGUCGAGGGCUUCAAGCUUCCCGACGAGAUCCAGAAUGCUCUCAAGACUUUCCGCGUCGUCACCAAGUGGACUGAGGUCGCCUUCAUCAUUGCCCUCGUCGCUCUUGGUGUCGAGCUGGUUGUCGGCAUCUUCGCCAACUGUUCACGGGUCGUAUCAUGUCUGACCUGGCUUGUUGCCGCCAUCACCGCGGUCCUGGUUGGUGCCGCCGCCGGUCUGUCCACUGCCAUGGCCGCCAUUGUUGUCGGUGCUGUCAAGGGCACGAACAAAUUUUACGGCGUCAAGGCCGACAUUGGCACUCGAUUCCUUGCUACCGUUUGGAUCGCCACUGCGUUCGCCAUUGGCGCUGCUUUCUUCUGGAUCUUUACCAUCUGCUGCUGCAAGCCUGAGCACCGUCGCAGCGGCGGCAAGCGACAUCUUGACACUGAUGGCGAGAAACUCCUCCCCAAUGGCGGUGCCUACCGUCCCCUUUCUCACGACUACGAAAUGACCAGCGGUCACAACAGUGGCUAUUAUAACCCUAACCAGAGCCAUGGUGCCUUCUCAACUGGUCCCCGACAUCCCUCUGGCCAAGGCCGAACUGAUCUUGCUUACGAACCCUAUUCUCACCGGGCAUAA